UUAUUUACUGUAAGUAAAUGUCAAGUUAGUGCUGUAUAUUCGCGAAUAUUUAUUAAAAUUGAUUAAAACGUACAUUUCUUUGCCCGCAGUGUAGUAUAACUAAAAGUUAGAUACGCAUUAACAAUCAUAAAACUUAAUUUUUUUCUUUGUCGUGUUAUCCAAUUUAAAUAAUUUACGUAUUUUGCAUUAAUUAUAUUGUUUACAUGAGAAAGAUUCGCGUAAACUUAAGCAACACAUAAUUCCAUGGAAACGUAUUCUUUGAAAUAUGCGGCACAAUCCAGUAUUGUAAUUCUUAACGACAGUGUUGAUAUCGUUAUAUUGUAUAUGGUAAAAAAAAAACUGCACAAUAAUAAUGUAAUGUAUGAUAUCGAACUGUCGUUAAAAGUUACCAAAUCGGGAUACUGGAAGUCCUGGAACAGAUCAUUGGCACAUCCUUGAAGCAAUCAGACCGCGUGCUCCAGAAUUACGAGGCAUCGUAAUUCGCGGGAUUCGCACGCGCCAAGAUUUGGCCUUCGCGGCGAGGGGUAUCGAUUCUCGUUCCGGCGCCUUCCCGGUCGACGUUCCCUGAUCGACGCGCCUCCGCCUUUCGGCAGGACGUAGAUCAUCCUCUCGACUGCUUUUGACGGAAUAGAGGUUCACGCGCUUUCGUCGGCGCCGUCGCGCGCACGUUAAUUCCUGGAGAUCGGAUCCCCGCAAGGUUCUUCCGCAUUGCGGCGUCCGUCCGUCCAUUGACACGAUUGUUACGCCACUGCGCUCUGCGCCGUGUCGCCGUCGCACUCGUGUGUACGUAAUAAACACGACGCACGUACCGCACGUGCAUACACGAUGCGCGAGCGGAGACGUGCGCGCGCGCUUCGGUUCGUAUUUACAAUCGCGUAGCGGCGUAUAUGAACCGUAUAUCCGCGUACAUCGGAGCCGCCGCCAUUCGCGCUCGCACUCGCACGCGCGCGCGCGCGCGCGCACUCAGCGCCUGCGUACAUCUUGUUUACAACUGCGGAGCUCGGCGUACACAUGACCUUUACAAGAUAGACACGAUCGUCUGUUCGGUUGGCUAGGCGUGAACCCGCGCGCGGCUCACGAGAAAGAGAGAAAGAGAAAGAAAAAGAGAAAGAAAGAGAGGUGUCGCGCGCGAGUGUUGUGUCGUGGCGAGAGUCCCAUCGCCUUUUGCUGGAACAUCCGGCGAUCGCGGGGACUCGCACGAAUUUUACGCGCGUUGAAACGAGAGUCGAAAGUUGUGCGUUACGUCGCGGUCGUGUCCGCGUCACAAUUGUGUUAACGUUUUCGCAUCGCGACGAUUAAACAACGAGAAAGACGGUCGAUCGGUAUAGUUGCUUGCGCGCGAUCUCGAUCGUCGCGCGAGUGACGACACGAUUGUCGUUUGUCGCGCGCGUUCGAAGUACUCUUGGUGCAGGAGGAGGGUUCCGUAGUCCGUGUUCCGCACUCGGUCGCUCGCUCGCAAAACGGCCGCACCUCGUGGCAUACGCGCUGUGUGACGGCUCCGCUCGUCGUGUGGCUCACGGCAGUCCGGCCAACGUCUACACCGUCCUCCUCCCCCGAUCGCGGACGCGCAUCACGAAAUUACUUGCUUGCGCGAGGAAUGCGCGAGCGACGGUGGCAUGGCAAGUCCGAGCCACCGUUGAGGAGCCUCGGCGCGUCCGAGACGCGGCCUGAGCCGCCUGAAAUCGGUGGCGGGCGAAAUUAGACGAAACCGCGUGACAGGUGGAUUCGAGGCGUGCCGAGACGUGGAAAGAAAGAGAGAAGGAGAGUGAGAAAGGAAGAGAAAGAGACGAGACACGGUGGAUGGAGUGUGAAGGAGGGAGCGUAGCGAGAGUGAGAGAGUGGCCGUCGCAACAUCUCAGAGUCCGCGUCAUCUUCCCUACUUGGUUCCCGACGCCGUGAACGGUGCAAGCGAGAGAAGACCGAGGGUGAAAAUUGUGAUCGUUUCGUUGCCCGCAGUCAUCGUCAUCGUCAUCGUCAUCGUCGUCUCGUGGCUGGCCAUGGCUCGCCAUUGUUAUUGUUGUCGUUCCUCCUAACCUACGAGAAGGUGGACGUCCGCGACUGCCAUCGUGAGAGGAAGAGAGAGGGACGCGACGCGACGCAGCAGCAGCAGCAGCAGCAGCACGCCCUCGGAAACACUGCGACGAGCGCAUCGCACAUGCAACCCGGCUGGCGGUGCUGUUGCUCGCACGCAUCGCCGUGUAUAUUUACGUCCCAAAACGUGCUCGGUGCGAAGGCGCGCGCGCUCACGAGAGCCGCUCCCGAUAUCGUUUCCGUCGUGACUGUCAAUGUGCGACGGACCUGAGCGCGCGAUAACAGCGAGUCGACAACGAGGACGGACACGUUUUUCCUCAACAACGGAGGGAAGCAUCGUGGCGCUGGAAGGCGCAGUUCGCUGACACGUUGACGGCCGUUAUUGUUAUGCCCGCGAAAGUGCGCGGAUCACGCUCCACCAAAGCGAUCGAGCGACGACGUUAAUCGUGUUGGAGGAGCGACAGAGACGGAGAGAUAUCUAUUAUUUAUUAAGAGAUUGAUCGAUCGAUCGAUUGAACUUUUAUCGUCGGUUUAGGAACAUGUCCUCUAAGAAUGUUCGAGAUAAACUAAUACGGAUAAAAAAUAAUACGGGAAGUAAAAAAUUUUUUAACAUUGAGAAGUAAGAAUCGACAAGGAGAGUAUAGUGAAACUCAAAAAUAAUACGAAGGUACAUAAAAAAUUAAAGAGAAUUAAGUACAAGAAAUUGGAAAAGAAAUCGGUAUACAACGCAGAAUACAACAAAUAUAAGUAAGACGAAAAAGAGAAAGAGAGAGAGAAAAGAGGAUAUUUGACGCGAGUGUGGAAAUUGUCGUCGUUUCUCGAGCACAAUGAAAUGAACUUUUGCGCCGUUGUGCGUGACGCAGUCUUUCGGUGAGGACGAGGCGCACCGCGUGCACGUGUGACGACGUGCUCUCGGCGCGUUCCGCGAAACGCGCCACGCACGCCGUGAACUCGCAUGCUCGAGGAGAAAGGAACAGGCAGCGGGAAGUGGGAAGCGAGCGGGGACGAUAAUAGCCGGGAUAUCAUGUGAAUGAUACGUAGAACGCGAAGGGCCGAAACGCUUGUACCCGCGUACUCGAGGGAGGUUCGUUGGUAAUCAUUAAUCGUACGACAACGACAACGACGACGACGACGACGACGAUCUUCUCGAUCGUCAUCCCGACGAUGUCCUCGGGCAGGGGCCCGGCGUCGCCUUCGGGCGGGCCCGUGAUCCGCUCCGGCCACCUGAAGAAGCUCAAGACGAUGAAGAAGAAGUACUUUGUGCUGCGCGGCGAGGGACCCGGCUGCCUCGCCUGCCUCGAGUAUUACGACAGCAAGAAGAAAUUCGAGAACAGGCAACCGCCGAAGCGCAGCAUACUGCUGCACAGCUGCUUCAACAUCAAUAAGCGCGGCGACACCAAGCACAAGCACGUGAUCGCGCUCUACACCAAGGAUGAGUGCUUCUGCCUGAUCCUCGACAGCGAGAAGGAGCUGGACGAAUGGCUCAAGGCGAUGCUCAGGCUACAAAGCGGAGACGUGCCCGAUGGGGAACAGCCGCGGCCUACAUUCGAACACGUGUGGCAAGUUACAAUGCAAAAAAGAGGUCUCGGUGCACGAAAGAACAUUCACGGACCCUACAGAUUAUGCCUCACCGAUCAAACUUUAAGUUUAGUGAAGAUUGGGGCACAGGAUAACUCUGACUCUAUCGAGAUUUCUCUAAAUUAUAUUAGACGAUGUGGAUUUGCGAAUGAUAUAUUCUACAUAGAGGUUGGCCGAUCCGCCGUAACCGGAGAUGGCGAAUUUUGGAUGGCAGUCGAAGAUAACAAUAUCGCGCUCAAUAUGUACGAUGUUAUAACGACUGCGAUGAGGAAUUCGAAAAGUAACAAAGACGAAGUUGGGCCUCGCCAGAGAACGCGUAGUUCCUCCGCCAACGAAGCCAGUAAACCUAUAUCCGUUCUUCAAAGACGGCAUACGGGUCAAAAGCUUCAUGGCUUUUCGCCCCUGGAGGAACAGAAGACAUACAAGGAGCAAGUGGAACCACUGCAAGAGCAGACUGCUACUUCCUCUGUUCUCACACAGUGUAGUCAAUCUCGGAAUACCUCCUCCACCAAUACAGUCACGGCCGUUGCUGGUACCGGGGCUUGGACUACUGGGAUUGCCACGACUAAUGCCAACAGUGCCGGUACCGCUAGACGUCGUCAUUCGGUAGCGAGUCAUCCUCAUUCCGUCAAUAAUUCCCAAUCCGUUCACAAUGUCACAACAGCAACAAAUGCAACUAUGACUACCACUACUGUCACUACCACUACCAUCACUGCAACCACCACUACCAUCACCACCACCAUUACUGCGACCGUCACCGCGACGAUCACUACAACCACAACCGCGACAAUAUCCCAUCAGAGAACCUUGUCGCUGCCCUUAGCUGCCGUUAUUAUCAAUCAAACGCAACCAUCUAAAAGAUCCGUUUUACGGUGUACUACCGGGCGCGAUCGAUGCGACAGUUUGCCGUCGAGAGCUCGUACUACCAGUGAGGGACAACCGACUACGGUUGUGUUAAGCCAUCCUAGAGGAGCCCAUAUUAUGUCGCACGUACCGCGACCGCAUUCCAUGUGUGGCCGAGGCCUCUCAUAUUCUCCACCAAUUGCAUCGAUGCCUAUUAGUCCAUCUUCCGACGUCU